AUGGCCGCACCUCAUCUUCUAAAACAAGCUCUCCUUCUUCGCGCAUGCUUCCAUACCUACAAACACUUCACCGUCAGAGCAGUUGCGGCGCGCCCCCGACUAUGGUGCAGCGCCGCCAUCAUUCCACCGUGGGAAAAACCAAACGAUAGACUUAACUCUGUCAACAACACGCUAAAUCUCAGACGAGAUAAUCACUCGUCGAGUUCCCUUCGAUUGGAGGAUGAACCUGAGUACCGAAGAUGGAAGAAUAAAGAAGACGAGAUUCUCAACGACAUCGAGCCUAUUCUCUUGCUUACCAAGGAAAUUCUUCACUCGCCACGGUAUAUGGAUGGAGAGAGACUAACGGUGGAGGAUGAGAGAGCUGUUGUAGAGAAGCUCCUUGCUUAUCAUCCACAUUCCGAAGAUAAGAUGGGAUGUGGUCUUGAAUCCAUUAUGGUUGACCGUCAUCCCCAAUUUCGACACUCAAGGUGUCUUUUUGUCGUAAGAACUGAUGGUGGCUGGAUUGAUUUCUCAUAUCAGAAGUGCCUUCGGGAAUACCUUAGAGAGAAGUACCCAGCUUACGCCGAAAGGUUUAUUCGAGAACAUUUUAAGCGCGGGAGUAGUUGA